CCGAACAACAUCAGCCAAUAAAAAAUGAAGAUGCGAACCGUCAAAAUAAACUUGUCAAGUGAAAUGUAAAGCAAAUUGUUUAUAAAUCCCCCGCAACAAAUUACUACAUAUCCAACCAGUACAAUAGAUCAACAACAAUCCAAUGAAUUUAUAACAGUCGUGCUAUCCCAGAAGAAUCGCCGAUCCGCAAACAUGCUAUAGGCAGCACCAAAACACAAGGGUCCAUUAAUGGUGAUGACAUAUUUUUAAAAGAAAAAACAGUUAAAUUACCUCCAUGAACAUGGACGACUACAAGUUCCUUUUCAAAGUCGUACUAGUUGGAAACGCCGGCGUCGGGAAAACCUGCCUGGUCAGGCGCUUCACCCAAGGCCUGUUCCCGCCUGGUCAGGGGGCCACAAUUGGGGUGGACUUCAUGAUCAAGACCGUGGAUGUUGGAAAUGAAAAAGUGAAACUGCAAAUUUGGGACACGGCAGGACAGGAGAGAUUCAGAUCAAUCACCCAGAGCUACUACAGGUCUGCACAUGCCCUGAUUUUGGUGUACGAUAUCUCUUGCCAGCCUACUUUUGACUGUCUGCCUGAUUGGUUGAGGGAAAUUGAAGAAUAUGCUAGCAGUAAAGUACUUAGGGUUUUAGUAGGCAAUAAAAUUGAUAGAGAAGACAGGGAAAUACCCACACAUGUUGGUGAAGAGUUUGCUGAAAGGCACAACAUGUAUUUCUUAGAAACUUCUGCCAAGGAAUCUGAUAAUGUUGAAAGACUGUUCAUGCAAAUUGCUGAAGACUUAAUGAAACAAGCAAGAAGCCGCGAUUUGCCUCGGUACGAUUCGAAUGCGACGACCAUAAACGGCAAGACAUCGACAAUCGGCGAUUCGAGCUGCUGCAGCAAGUUGCAGUAACGACGGAUCCAUUUAUUUUUGUAACUUGGCCUCAAAAAAAGCGCGUUUUAUAUGAUAUAUACCCGGUUGUGAACCACAUUAAGUUGGUGGGAUGAUGAGGAAUUGCGUCACCUAGUUGUAGUUAAGACGGUUUUUACAGAAGCACUAUUAAAUUUAUAGAAUUAUUUUGCUCUUU